UCAAUAGCGUGGACGUUUCAGCAAAAUUUUCGAAAAUUUAUUAUUUUGAACUUAUGUGCUUAUUUAAAAACGCGAAUGAAGCAGAAUUGAUCUCGUAACUUGCGAAUUGUAAACGCUUAUCAAAGUAUUGCUGAAAUGUGGCGAAUAAAGGCAUUAAGUUUCAAAUCGCAGCUACUGUUGGUGUUUUUAUGCGCGCUAGCGUGCUCUUCAUAUAGCGCCGAGCUUUCGGCUACGCCAAAAAAUUCCGAGUCAUCCUCAGUAGCAAACAGUACUGAAAUAUUAAGAACCCUAAGCAGUGGUAAAGAAAAAGAGAGCUUGAGAAGUGAAAGCGCAGAGGAAAAUGUGGAUAUUGAUUAUGACGAGGAGCAGGAUGACGAUGAUGAUGAUGAUGACGACGAAGCCACCGGAGAAAGGCCAAAACAUUCACGCAAAAAGCUUAUUAGCAUUAUAAAACGUGUGGGCACAACUUUUACCUGGGAUCGCUGGGAAAAGUGGACUAAAUGUAGUAAUUCUUGUGUGCAAAUACGCCGAAGGAAAUGUAUCGAACGUAAAUUGAUCUCACUUGAUGCUGCUCCGAUUGACCGGGAAUUCUAUCCAGAACCCAAUGGCCUCACCGGUUGUCGAGGUAUUAUAAAACGGUUCCGGCUUUGCAAGGACGAAAAAUGUAAGGCGAACAAAAAGCGGCAACGUGACGAACAAUGUGCCGCCUUCAACAGAAUAGCAUAUAAAGAAAAGUACUACAAUUGGUUGGGUUAUGAGAAAGAACACAACGAGUGUGAGUUGUUUUGUCGUCCAAGUGGCUCGGGCAUGUUCGUGAGCAUGAAUCAGUCGGUGACUGAUGGGACUACCUGUGGCAGACCGGCAGUGUAUUACACGCACUAUUAUAGACGUAAGGCGGUAUGCGUGGAAGGUGUGUGUCGGGUGAGUAAUACGAAGGCUAUAUAA